AUGAGCGACAUCAACAAGACCAACACCAAGGACGCCGCCGACCUGAAGGCUGAGCUUCAAGUGGCCGACUCGCGGGAGCCUCUGGACAUCGCCAAGGACAAGGCCCAGUUCCUCAAGAGGAAGGAGGAGCAUACCUCGGCCAAGAUGCAAAAGUACGAGAACUACAAGGGCGACAUCGUCUACAAGCACAAGGACUACAACCACCAGCAGCAGCCCGGUGGUGCCCAGAGGGGCGCCUAA